CCACUGAAGAGAUUAAGACAGAAACAACAUUAAAUUUCUGGAAAAGUUGAUCUGUAGACAGGACACUAUGAGCCUCACUCCAGCCAUGUAAUAAAGCACCAAGUAAAUAUUAAAUCUAGCUGGAUGCACUGAUAAAAUGGCCUGAACACCACCUCAAACUUGGCGCCUAAAAUAAAAUACAAAUGCACCUCAAACUCGGCCAUUGUCAAGCGAGAGAUCAAGACAACAGCAGCUCAGGAGGGGUGGCGGCGGGUUUCCUUCACUUUUGAGCAUUUUUUCAGCGUGCUGUGUGUUGUAUCUUGGCUGUGACAAUGGAGAAUGUGCCAAAAGACCUGAGGAACCUGCGAGCAUGUCUGGUGUGCUCGCUGGUCAAGACAGUGGAAAUGUUUGAGACAGACGGCUGUGACAAUUGUGAUGAAUUUCUGAGGAUGAAAGGAAAUCGGGACAACGUAUUCGACUGUACCUCUUCUAACUUUGAUGGGUUUAUAGCGCUAAUGAGCCCAAAGGAUAGCUGGGUGGCCCGCUGGCAACGCAUAAAUAAGUGUGUCCAAGGAAUCUACGCCAUUAGCAUCACAGGACGUCUUCCUUACAACGUGGUGAAGGAGAUGAAGACUAGAGGUUUUAGAUAUAGAACACGCGAUAUGACCAAGCUGUAGUGAGAGAGAGAGAGAGAGAGAGAGA